AUGCAGGCGAUGCUUAGUGACAAUGCUCGAGACCCACCGUUCUACUUACAACGAAGUACUUCACUCCACCAUCAAGAUAUUGUCACUCCACAUGCUAAUCUCCCAAGUGGUGCCAUUUCUAAUCUUGCUCCUGGUGCCAACAUCAAUUCCGAGGCGAAUGUCACUGCCAGUCUCCGUCGAACGGGCGCGUCUCGUCGUGCUGCGCCGUCCGAAGAUCGACCGUUUUCAUGUCCAGUUCCGAAUUGUGGAGGACGAUUUCAUCGUAAAUUUACACUUCAUGAACAUCUCAAGACCCACACGGGAGAGCAGCCACAUCAGUGUCCUGUAAGUGAAUGUGGUAAACGUUUUAGUACGUCUGGAAAUCUCGCUCGACACCGUAAAUUGCACGCAAUGCGCAAGAUUAGCUGUCCAGCUGCCCAUUGUACACGCGUCUUUACCAGUCGAGAAAAACUGGUGCCUCAUCUUAAAGUGCAUCUUGCGCGUACACCCCAUACGUGCGACUUUCCUGGUUGUGGCAAGACAUUUAGUACCGCAGGUAAUUUGACUCGGCACCGUCGAACACAGCACCGUGCUGGUCCAUCAUCGCGUCAAGAUUCGUUGUUGGGCUCAGCUAAUCUCGUGGCGACGUUGCCUCGUCCGAGAUUCGAGUUCCCUGGUCGACCUCCACCUCCCACGGGCUCACUUCCAAUGCGUGGUUUGCUAUGGCCAUCGCAACCGCCAGCAGAACAGCAUCAUCCACCACAGCAGCGCAUUCUUGAAUCAGAUGUCCAAGAUUUGUUUGACUGCCUCUUUGUCGAGAAUGCUCAAGCUGCUGCGGCUGCACAAGCGAAUGGUCAUCACAAUGUGGGAAUUAUUAGGGACAGAUUGCCGAAACUUGAGCCUCCACGUGAACACAGAGCAUCCCACCAUCAUCAUGCACAGACACCAUAUCUCUCUGCUACGUAUGAAUUCUAG